UAGACAGUCAGAUGUGCAUUGUGAGUAGCUGGCUGGUUAUCAACCUCUGUUUUUUGGUGUUUUUCCAGAGGAGGAGGGCAAGUUGGAAGGAAAAAGAAGAAUCUGUGAGGAACACAAGGCCAGAAUGGAUAUCGGAGCUCUUCAGGCUGAGCCUUCACUGGCGUGGACCUUCACACUGUCCCUGCUGGUCUCCAUCCAGCACGCACUGGGCCGCUCACACCAAUGAGCUCUAGUGUGGAUGAGCAACCAUGCUUCCCGGGUAUGGACUCUCCCCUUUUCCUGAUUUCCAGCCACACCGUCACACUCUGCACUACGGGGGAGACAGUCCCAGCAUGUGGAUGCCCGGCCCGGGCGAGUCUGCGGUGGUGAACUCCGAGGCCCAGGACGACGCACCUCUACUCCCCUCGUGUCACCGCCAGCAUGUCGCCGUGUGUCAGCAGGAGACUUUGGCCUUCAUCGAGCUUCGGCUGCCGGAAACCGCUGAACUGAACGGACACGUCUCUCCAAGGACGGACGUUGUGGACAGACAAUGCACUACGUAUGCCUCACCCAGUUUUAGACGCUCACAAAGUGAACUGUUUGACUUGCCAAAAAGCUGCAGUGGGACGACCGAUGAGGACGAAACGCUGUUAACUUCAAUCGUGGGUGAAUUAGAAAGCCAAAGCGGUCUUAGGACUUUUUUACAUGAGCAGACUGAAGGACCACAAAGUGUGACUGCAGUGUACCGUCCUCUCCAAACAUCUCUAAGUCUCCCUUUGGCCUUCCCGCUGUCCUCCCUCUACACAAACAGAGACUCCUGGGACUCUCAAAUACUUUGCUCCCCAUCCCCGCAUGAGGGUCCGAACUUUCAGAGCCUGGAAUCCUACCAGCUGCAGAGGAGAACAUCUCAAGGUUCGCUCAAAGAGAAGUCCAUCCGCCGUAAGAUGCAGGUUUAUUCUCCAGACAGCCUCAGUGACGAGUCUCUCGGCAGCCCCGUUUUGGAUGCGGACUUCAUCUUCCCCGGACCUUUCGCUUCUUUCCUGGAGGAGAACAUCAGUGGACAAUCCUCACAAGACGCCAACACAAGUCCUUCAUCACCGGACGCUUCAGGUCCAGACCUGCAGAACCUGACUCAAGAUGAUAUCUUAGAUCCACCCUCAGAACCGCUGCAGAUGUCAGAGGACUCGGUGCCUGGUGUGGACGAAGACGCAUGCAUCUCGACCGGGGUCAGCUUUGUCCCACGCAAGGGAGACCAUGAGAGACGGCGCUUCUCAGCCUCGGAGCUGAUCUCCAGACUCCAGCUGUCGCAAAGGAAGAACUCCUUCACCUUGAAGCUGGGAAAGUCCCUGUCGGCCCGUGUCACCUCCAGGGACCGACAGAGUUCUAGCAGUUUGGCCGCAGACAAUAAGUUUGUCUCAAAGCACCGCAGCUCCGGCUCCAGUGAUAGCGCCCCCCACAGUCCUGUAGGACCUGCACCGCCGCUGCCCAGCAGCGAUAAUGGAAUAUCUACGCAUUGGUGGAGCAACAAACUUGGAAUGCGAAAGAAGUCUGUGGAAGAGGAUUUGUGCACACCUCCUCCAGUUGCGUCUUCCAACCGCUUAUCGAGGUUCUUGCCAAGUUCCAUCUUGUACCAAGAGUAUAGUGACGUCGCCAUCAACAGAGAGAUCCAAAGGCAACAGGGCAAAGAACUCGGCCCAGAGGAGGAGGGUCUGAAGGACGAAGGUUCAGACGGAACGCCGUCGCCAUCGAAUCUGUCUCCAUCCAGCUCCUUUCGUUCCUCGAGAGGUUCCGCGUUCGCCCUGUGGCAAGACAUCCCGGAUGUCCGCACGAGUGGCCAGCUGGACUACUUCAGCAACGAGGAGAGGAAGUUGCAGGAGGCCAAGUUUGAGCUGGUGACGUCCGAGGCCUCGUACAUCCGAAGCUUGACGAUCGCCGUGGAUCACUUCAUGCUCUCACAGGAGCUCUCGGAAUGUCUCGGGGCUCAGGACAAGCAGUGGCUCUUCUCCAAGCUACCUGAAGUCAAAUAUGUCAGCGAGAGGUUCCUUCAGGACUUGGAGCACAGGCUGGAGGAAGACAUCCUGCGUUUUGACGUGUGCGACAUCGUCUUGGAUCACUGCCCGACUCUACGCAGGGUCUACUUACCUUAUGUGACCAACCAGGCUUACCAGGAGCAGACCUAUCAACGUCUACUGCAAGAGAACGCUCGCUUCCCUUCCAUCUUGGCUCGUCUGGAGGAGGACGGCGUGUGCCAAAGACUGCCUCUCACCUCCUUCCUCAUUCUGCCAUUCCAGAGGAUCACACGUCUUAAAAUGCUGGUGGAGAACAUCUUAAAGAGGACCAGGCCAGGUUCUCGAGACGAGGACACAGCCACCAAGGCUUUCAACGAGCUGAAAAAGAUGAUUAAAGAGUGUAACUGCAGUGUGCAGUCCAUGAAGAGGAUGGAGGAACUCAUCCAUCUCAAUAAGAAGAUCCACUUUGAGGGCAAGAUCUUUCCGCUCAUCUCUCAGUCUCGCUGGCUGGUGAAGCACGGUGAGCUCCUGGAGGUGGACACCCAGACCAUGACUAUCUCGGGGUCCAAGCUCAAGCUGCCCACCAAGCCAGUCUAUCUUCAUCUAUUUAACGACUGCCUGCUGCUGUCCAGGAGGAAAGACACAUGGAAGUUCGUGGUGUUCGUCCACGCCAAGAUAGGCGAACUGAAAGUGAAAGAUCUGAGUCGGAAGCUUCAAGGCAUCUCAGGUUUCAUCUUCCAUCUUCAGCUGUGUGAAGCCCAGCAGCUCAAACAUCAGAUCCUGCUCAAGUCGCACACGGAGAGCGGGAAGCAGCGAUGGAUCACGGCCAUGUUCCCCUCGAACCCCGUGGAGGACAUGGAGCACGCCACCGAGAACGAUGACAUUGCUCAGGUGCAGUGCAUUAGAAGCUACCAGGCGCAGGAACACGACGAGUUGACGCUGGAGAAGGCCGACAUUCUUCAUGCCAAAACCAUCACAAGUGACGGCUGGGUGGAAGGCAUCAGGCUGUCUGACGGGGAACGGGGCUGGUUCCCUAAAUCCUACGUGGAGGAGAUCACCAAUCGCAGCGCUCGCCUCCGCAACCUCCGGGAAAACAUCCGCAUCAAAUGUGUCACGCGGAAACUGGAAGGCGAGGACGAGUGAAGAGACACUAAAGCCUUUUCCGCAUUUGACUAACAUAACAAAGCUCUUAAAACUACUGCUGGUUGUCACCGGUCGUGCACCACAUGACUCAGGGAGGUUGCUGGUUGAAUGCCGACGCUGCUUCUAAAUAUGCAGAGAAUAUAAUAAAUAAAUGUUUAAGACUUCUAACAUUGGGCUGUAGCAUAAAAAGAAUGUGCUAGAAUUGUGUUUUUUGAAGUGAAACUGUACAGUUGCUGCAGCGCCAUCUGCUGGCUGUGGUUGGUCACAGCUGCGCUCAGCCUCCAACGCUUGUGUCUGCACCUUUAUUCUGAUCUGCACCAAAAUGAGCCGAUCGAUAAUCAUUGACAAGGUUUUGUGAUCGUUUGGUUGUGCACUUUUUGCCUCAUCUACCUUAAAAACAAACAAUUUAGUCGUCAUGGCUACAAUCUCGUACUCCGGAGGCUGCAAUGGAAAUAAAGGAGUUGGUGCGAGAAAUGUCAUAAAAACAAAAGAACAAAUUAAAUUAGAGAUGUCCGAUAAUAUCGGCCGAUAAAUGCUUUAAAAUGUAAUAUCGGAAAUGAUCGGUAUCGGUUUCAUAAAGUAACAUUCAUGACUUUUUAAAACGCCGCUGUGUACACGGACGUAGGGAGAAGUACAGAGCGCCAAUAAACCUUAAAGGCACUGCCUUUGCGUGCCGGCCCAGUCACAAGUGAUUGUAAGGCAUACUUGGUCAACAGCCAUACAGGUCACACUGAGGGUCUCCGUAUAAACAACUUUAACACUGUUACAAAUAUGCGCCACACUGUGAACCCACACCAAACAAGAAUGACAAACACAUUUCGGGAGAACAUCCGCACCGUAACACAACAGAACAAAUACCCAGAAACCCCCAACCCCGCCCACCUCAACCUCCUCAUGCUCUCUCAGGGAGAGCAUGUCCCAAAUUCCAAGCUGCUGUUUUGAGGCAUGUUAAAAAAAAAAAAGCACUUUGUGACUUCAAUAAUAAAUAUGGCAGUGCCAAGUUGGCAUUUUUUUCCCCAUAACUUGAGUUGAUUUAUUUUGGAAAACCUUGUUACAUUGUUUAAUGCAUCCAGCGGGGUUUCACAACAAAAUUAGGCAUAAUAAUGUGUUAAUUCCACGACUGUAUGUAUCGGUAUCGGUUGAUAUCAGUAUCGGUAAUUAAGAGUUGGACAAUAUCGGAAUAUCGGAUAUCGGCAAAAAAGCCAUUAUCGGACAUCUCUAAAUUAAAUCCAUGGCAACACUUAUCAUUAGGUCUUUUUAUGAAUGUGUGUAUUGCAACAAUACACCAAUGCAGUAAAUGUUUUUGAAUGUACAUAUUCAAAUAUGUAUUUAAAAGGUUUAAUUUACAAAAUGUUGACACUGCAGCUGAAUUGUUCUGUCCAAAAAACUCAAAAAUGUGUUUGUUUUUUUACAUUUCUAUCCGAAAAUAUAGAUAAAAAAAUUCCUAAACUGUACAAAAAAAAUGAAUAUUUUGGAGAUACAGUAGAUGAUUUUUGGUAUGCAUUCCAGAUUCAGGAUUUUAUUGAGACCUUGUUCAUAUCCCCUGCAUAAAUAUCUCUAAAUGAUAAAUGACGAUUUAAUAUUUUAAGCCCUUCUUUGCUUCUUCUUCUUCUUGUAAAUUAAUUUAUUCUCAUUGAGCUGUCUUGUUGUCUCUCCAAGAAGAUGCUGAUGUAACUUCUACACUGUAGUUAAUGCAUUAACUGUAAUUUAUGUUGAACAAUCAAUUAGAGUCAAAAUAUUUGCAUACAGUACAUCGGGUGUUCAAAUGUCUUCCAGCCAGGGCUGCAGUGCAUACAGAAAUUGUUUCAAUACAUUUUGUACCAGUUAAAACCAAGCUAAAAGGUUAAUAUAUGCUAAGAUUUCCCAGUAGAAAAUUAAUAUUGCAUCUAAAACAUCUCAUCAAUAAUGAAAUGUACUUUAUCUUCCAAAAUGUUAAUGACAAAAUGGCCAAAAAUGGCCCCGGGUUGCACUUUGGACACCCCUGAAGUUUUUUUUUUUGUUUUUUUUUGCAUUACGCUGAUGAGUGCAAAUGCUGUAAAGGACUUCAUGUCUGCACACU